AUGUUUUUAGUUACGUACUUCUUCCUUCCCCUCUUUCUUUUCUCUUUAGUUUCUUCCUCCUUGGCAAAAUUCGAAGACCAACAGGAAGCCGCUCUUUCCAAGAAAACGCUUUACUCGAAAUCCACUAACAAUGAUGUUGUCAGUAUUAACCUUGAUAUCCCCACUUGUACCUAUGACCAUGUCUUGUCUUCUGAUGUCACUCUUUAUUCAGCAAAACAAACCGUUACUGCUUCGAGUUAUUGGUCUCUUGUAACAACUAGUAUUACAACUACUGCUUAUGAACCAUUCACUUCGCAUCUUCCUUGCGUUGCUGCUACAAGCGUUAUAUCUUCUUUAGCUUCUAGUGGUCCGCCUGCAAGCCCUGCUUCAUCCACUUCUGUCGCUAGUGUCACUCCUUCAUCCUCUUCUUCGAAUGUUAUCUCUACGACCGCUUCUGGCUCUUCCGGUAGUCCUUCGACGAGCGUUUCAUCUACGAAUAGCGCAACUGCUUCCACCACCGUCCACAGAGCGGAAGUUCCCUCUUCAUCAGCUUCGACAUACUUGUCUUCGAGCUUAAACUCUCCUAGUCCCGCUCCUUCUACGUCGUCAGUUGACUCUUCAAGCUCCAGCAAAACUACUCCUUCUGCUACAGUGCCGUCGAGCAAUGUUUCAAGCCCCAGUUCGGUUACUUCUCCACCUUUAACUUCGACUCCUAAUGGAAACACCGUUUCUGCUUCCACUCCCAGGUCCACCGCAACUGAAUCAUCCAAGUCAGUUGGUUCUACCACUGCAACUACCGCCACUUCUUCAGACGUAACUUCCGGUACAUCCUCUGUUGCUUCAACAACUGGUACUUCAAGUUUUCCUACCUCUCAGACGACUACUGCUUCCUCUAACACUGAAAAUUCCUUGUCAUCCAAUACCGUUACCGCUUCUUCUACUUACCCUUCAAGUAUAUCAACUGAUUACCUAACCAGUGCCUUUACAACUACUGCAACUUCUGUCUCGGCAACUACAACUGGGGAAACUGAUACGAGAACUAUUUAUCGUACUUUAACAUCCGGAACAUUAAGUACUUCAUCAGUGAUUUUUAAUAAUAGCACUCCUAUUUCUGGAUCAUUACCAUCUGGAUAUAAACCUGCUAUACCGACUUCAGGUUCUUCACCGGUGAACAACUCUACGCCUCGUUCUAGUAAUAGCGUUCCCGUGACAUCAACCUCGAAGUCUGUACCUCCCUCUACUAGUGCAACGAGUAAUGCAAGUGUUUCAACUCCCACUCCUGCUGUACCGACUUCAACUGUCGCCACAAGCAGUUCUCAGUUGACGUCUUCUGCCCCUUCUUCUACUUUAAUCACGUCCGCAUCUUCAAGCACUACACCUGCUCCUUCAAGCUCUGUUCCGUUGACUAGUGGUAAUAGUGCAUGGACAUCUGUAAUUUCAUCUGCCUCUAGCACGGAAAUUGUUUCUAGUCAAGCGUCUACAACUACCUGGGCAUCUACGUACGCCACGACAACUACUAUCUCUGGAUCUGUCGUUUCUACAACGAUGACUUCUAGCGUUGUUCCCCAAACCUCUCCUCCCUCUUGGGUGACUGAAACAGUAACUUCCGGUUCUAAAGGAUUCACAACUACUAUUGCUACUCCUGUAGGCACAUCUGCUGGUACUGUUGUGAUUGAUACUCCUGGUCCUACUCCCUCUUGGGUGACUGAAACAGUAACUUCCGGUUCUAAAGGAUUUACCUCUACUAUUGCUACUCCUGUAGGCACGUCUGCUGGUACUGUUGUGAUUGAUACUCCUGGUCCUACUCCCUCUUGGGUGACUGAAACAGUCACUUCUGGCUCUAAAGGAUUUACCUCUACUAUUGCCACCCCUACCGGCACAUCCGCUGGUACUGUACUAGUUGACAUUCCCUCUGCUUGGAUAACAACAACCACUACUUCUGGAUCUACAGGAUUUACUUCAACGUAUUGCGACACCAAGUGGUACCAAAACCGGAACAGUAUUAGUAGAUGUUCCAAACUCCAACUCCCUCAGUCUUCCCUUCAUGCAACAGCCGUUGUAACUCUGACAACUCCUUCCGCAUUCAAGUUUUAA